AUGGAGGAACUUUUAUCAAGACAUCGUAAAGAAAAGAAAGAUUUACAAAAUCAAAUCACAGGGAUGAAGAAGCAAGCUACGAAAUCUCAAAGAAAACAAGUUAAUUCGAAAUGUAUUGAAUUACAAGAGAGUUUAGAGUUGAAACAUUCAAACGAAAUUAAAGAAUGGAAGUCACAAAAUAAUAUGAUUGAUGAAAUUGAUAAGGUUGAAUUCGAGGAAGAUGAAAUAACGCCUGAAAAAUUGCUUGAACAGUUGAAAUUAUCAGCAGGAGAGGAAGAAAAAACUAAGAAAGAUGAUACGGCCACACCUGCACUAAAUCAACAACCAAAGAAACGUCGUAAUAGACAGAAGGAGAAAUUAGCAAAAAGAGAUGCAGAAAUAGCGAGAAUGAAAGAAGAAGCUAGAUUAGAAGCAUCAAAGCAACCUGAUUUGAAAAAAAUCGAACAAGAUUCAUUGAAUCACUUAUACCAACUAAAUAAAGUUAAAGAGUUUGAUAUUCAACCUGAUGGUCAUUGUUUGUUUGCUUCUAUUUUAGAUCAAUUACAAAUACGUCAUAAAAAAAACAUAACGGAGAAAGAUAAUCCUAAAUAUAAAGAUUUGGAUGUUUAUAAACUGAGAAAACUUGCUUGUGACUAUAUUCGUGAAAAUAAAAAUGAUUUUAUCCCAUAUUUAUUCGAUGAAUCUACUAUGAGUUUGAAAGAUAUCGACGAAUAUACCAAAGAAAUGGAAACAACCGCUAAAUGGGGUGGUGAAAUUGAAAUAUUAGCUUUAUCAAAAGUUUUCGAUUGUCCUAUUAGUAUUCUAAUGAGUGGUAGAGCUACUCAUAAGGUGAAUGAACAAGGUACUAAUCCUGAAUUGAAAUUAGUUUAUUAUAAACAUACAUAUGCAUUGGGUGAGCACUAUAAUUCCUUGCAUGAUUUAUAG